AUGUACGCUGUCUCGUCCACAACGCGCGCCGCGCGGCAGCAGCCCGAGCGGCAGCCUCCAAGGUGCGUCCAAGUAAAAUUCAAGGGGCUAGCAAUCACCUUCCAACCCCCCUCGUGCUCGUACUACCAGAACGCUCGCAUAUCAUCAAGCUGCAGUAUCCCGUCCUCUGUCCCGCUGUCUGUGCUGGACCCUGAAGGAAGUCCCACGAUUGACGAAACGUACGCGAAGAUGGAGAAGAACCUCCACACAGUGCGCAAGACCAUGAGUGACAAGCCCCUGACGCUUGCGGAGAAGAUCAUUUACGGCCACUUGGAUGACGCGACCGUGAAAGCCACGCGUGGGGAGACGUACCUGAAGCUGCGUCCUGACCGCGUGGCCAUGCAGGAUGCCACGGCCCAGAUGGCCGUGCUGCAGUUUAUCUCGUCGGGUCUGCCGAAGACAGCGGUGCCAACGACGAUCCACUCUGGGGCCAAGUUUGGCAUGGGGUUCUGGAAACCUGGUAGUGGCAUCAUCCACCAGAUUGUCCUCGAGAACUACGCCUUUCCUGGCGGUCUCAUGAUUGGCACUGACUCGCACACACCGAAUGCGGGUGGUCUAGGCAUGUGUGCUGUUGGUGUUGGCGGUGCUGAUGCGGUCGAUGUCAUGGCUGGGAUGGCCUGGGAACUCAAGGCGCCCAAGGUUAUUGGCGUCAACCUUACUGGCAAGCUCUCGGGCUGGACGUCACCGAAGGACGUGAUCCUCAAGGUGGCUCACAUGCUGACUGUCAAAGGCGGAACUGGAGCCAUUGUAGAGUACUUUGGCCCUGGCGUGGAGUCCAUUUCGUGCACGGGUAUGGGCACGAUCUGUAACAUGGGCGCUGAGAUUGGUGCCACGUGCUCAACGUUCCCGUACACCGAGCGUAUGGGUGACUAUCUACGCUCUACAAAGCGUAGCGGCAUUGCCUCGGCAGCCGAAUCGUUCCAAGCCAACCUACGAGCUGAUGAGGGAGCCCACUACGAUCAGAUUCUUGAGAUUAACCUCGAUGAGCUGAAGCCGAUGCUGAAUGGUCCGUUUACGCCUGAUCUCGGUCACGUUGCUGGUGCGGACAUGAAGGUAGCUAGCGAGAAGAACGGGUGGCCGACGGAGCUGAGCGCUGGUCUAAUUGGUUCGUGCACGAACUCCAGUUACGAAGAUAUGACUCGCUGCGCCGACCUGGCCAAGCAAGCUAAGGACGCAGGUCUCAAGUUUAAGGUGCCGUACUACGUGACGCCUGGUUCAGAGCAGCUUCGUGACAUCCCCGAGUUGGUGACAGUUAGCUCCAUUGCGGGUGUUACCACGUUUGACCCUGCGAAAGACACGAUCGAGACCCCGGACGGAAAAGAUUUCAAGUUUUCUGCUCCAUUUGGCAAGGAACUCCCACUUCGUGGCUUUGACCCCGGUGAGGAGACGUUCCAGGCUCCGCCUGCCAGUGGUGAGGGGCUGACGGUGAACGUUGAUCCGCAAAGCGAACGCCUGUCCCUUCUGUCUGCAUUUGAUGAGUGGAACGGCGAGGAUCUGGUGGAUAUGCCAGUGCUGAUCAAGGCAAAGGGCAAGUGCACUACCGACCACAUCAGUAUGGCUGGCCCGUGGCUGAAGUACCGUGGUCAUCUGGACAACAUCUCGAACAAUAUGCUUAUUGGUGCUGAGAAUGCCGAGACUGGCGAGACGAACAGUGUAAAGAAUCAGCUGACGGGCACGUUCGACAAGGUACCCGCUGUUGCUCGCCAGUACAAGGCCAGUGGCUGCAAGUGGGUCGUGAUUGGUGACGAGAACUACGGCGAGGGGUAG